AUGUUAAAUAAAACUUGGAAUGGUUUACAUCCAAGUUCAGCAUUAAACCUAUAUAGAGUAUUAAUUCGACCAAAAUUAGAUUAUGGCUCUUGGAUAUUUAGUAACAGUAGAAAAAUUCAAGAUUUAGACAAGAUUCAAUAUCGAUGUCUUAGAAUAUGUAUAGGAGCAAUGAAGUCAACGCCAACAAAUGUAUUAUUAUUGGAAAGUGAAGAAAUGCCAUUAGAAAUAAGACGAAAGCUCUUAUGUGAUAAAUAUAUUUUGAAAAACAUAAUAAAUAAUGAAUCUGUGUUGAAUUACAAACUGAUGGAAAUAUGGAGAUGUAUAGACAGGAGCACAUAUUGGAUAAACAAAAAAGUACCAGACAUUCUAACCAGCUUUCAAUUUUUAAAGGAUUAUAGGAAAUUUAACGUAGUCCAUGGAGUUCAUCCAUACUAUGAAAAAUUGUAUUAUAAUAAAAGAACGAUUGUAGUCAAAAAAGAGUAUAAAAAGUGGAUAGAACACGAUGGACCUAAUAGUAUAAUUUUAUAUACGGAUGGGUCGAGAAAUAAUGUUUCACAUAGAGUUGGAUGUGCAAUAUGGAUUGAAAAGGAAAAAAUACCCAUAUGUUAUAAACUCCCGGAGUUUAUUUCUAUUUAUUCGGCAGAACUAAUAGCUAUUCGUGAAGCUGUUAGAAUAGCUAAAAUGAAUAAGUAUAAAAAAACUAUGAUUUUAACAGAUAGUUUAAGUUGUGUAAAUAAAUUAGAGAAGUUCAUGAAUACAAUAGAAUUUGAAGAAAAAAUAUAUUUUGAAAUAUUGAAUGAUAUAGAGAUAAUUACAGGGAUGGGAAAUAACAUAAAUAUUGGAUGGGUACAAGGUCAUAUAGGUGUGGAAGGAAACGAAAAGGCUGAUGAACUGGCAAAAACAGCAAGUGUAAGCGGACAAGAAUAUAAUAAAUUAAAACAGAGGAGAGAUGGAAAGAAGUAUGGAGAGAAACAUCGCAAAGAAAAGGAAGGCAUUACAAAUUAUAUAAUGACUGUUUAUCGAUUAAACCAUGGUUUGAGGAGUUUAAAAAUGAAGAAAGAAGUUUUAUUGUCACCAUCAGUAGGAUAA